CUGAACUGCUCGCUUCGGUUGAUGUAUCUGGAGAUCGUGAUGGGGACAACGCGGCCUCACGUUUGAGAGAGGUAAUGCGCUUACUAACAUAUUCCCACGUGGCUUUCUUUCCCGAGCAACUUUUUGACCCAACACUCGUGUCAAUAAGUCGCCUUCCUCGCUGAACUCCCACACCAAAAACAUAUUUUGUCACUCAAACAUGGCGAUAGCAGAUGUCACACCGACCAUCGUCGGCGCGCUAUCAUGCCAGAGAGACUCUUAUCAGCAGACCCUGGAAACCAAGGUUGUACGAUGCGAGGAGUACAUCCCACCGAGAGGCAAUCCACAACAAAGUAGAGCAAAAUCGAAGCAAGUGACAGACCUCUCAAAAGCGAACGACAAUUCGGACGCUGCAACACAAAAGACAUGGAUGAUCGAAUUUGCUGACUCCGUACUCUUUCCUGAAGGCGGAGGCCAGCAUACGGAUCAUGGCUUCGUCACACCAAUUGGCGUUAAGGGAAUGAGCGCGAUACCGAUUGAGAACAUCCAGCGACAUGGACUACGAUGCGUACAUUUCUCUCAAACACCUCUUGAAGUCGGGACGAGAGUCAGGCAAACGGUGUAUUACGCACGAAGAUGGGACUUAAUGCAACAGCACACAGGCCAGCACUUGCUCUCCGCGAUCAUGGACGGUAUGGACUUGCCGACGCUAGGCUGGAGCAUGGGACGGCCCGGGGAGAUGAACUAUGUCGAACUACCACGAAAACCUACAGACGUGGAAAUGGCCGGAAUACAGCAGGAGUGCAACGCAGUAAUCCGCGAAAAUCUCCCUGUCACAGUCGAAACGCCAGAAGCGAAAGGAUCGGCAAGUCUGCCAGCCGAUUACGAUGGGGAGAAAGGCGUGGUGCGAUUCGUCAAGAUCGGCGACCUGGACUACAACGCCUGCUGCGGCACACAUCUCAAGCAAACAUCGCACAUUGGCCUUGUUCUGUUGCAUCACACGCAAUCGAUACGCGGGACCAACUGUCGACUUUUCUUUACUGCGGGAGAUCGUGCUAUCAAUAUGGCAACCGAGUCGAUCAAUGGUCUCCGUAAUAUUGCUAUUUCACUCUCUUCAGGCGCUGCGCCUACAGAGGUCGCAGCGAAGAUACAAGGUCUCAGAGAGCAAGCUUCCGACGCCAGGAAAAGAGAAAAGAGAUUGCUUGCAGAGAUUGCGAGGUUCGAAGCUGAACAGAUCAAGGACACAUUGCAGUGCGCCUCAAGCGCUUUCUCGCACCGCCCAGACGACGGCCUGGACUUCAUCAAUCUUGUUCUCGUCGAGCUCAAAGAGACUCUUAAGGGCAAUGGUGUUGUUUUGCUGUGUACUGGCGACGUAAAGACAUCCGGCUCCUUGGUGAUCACAGGGAAAGUAGAACUGGUAGAGAAGCUAUCAGCGAAGAUUAAAGGCAUCGUCGAGACGGUAAAGGGAGGCGGCAGGGGAGAAAAAUGGCAAGGCAAGGUCACUGAGUGGCAGAAGGGCGAAGUCGAAGCACUGAGGACCGCGGUGGAGGAAUUAUGAUCAAAGCGAUGCCCAUGACUGGAGCGACUGUAUGCAGAAUGGAAACAUGUGCUGAACUCAUGUGCUCACACACUGUACACCUUUACUGAGUUGAUCAACCAGUAGCUCUGUGUUUCUAUCAGCAAGCAGUCAUUACGGGAAGACGGUUAAGGUGGCACUCACAUCAGCAAAUGAUUGCGGCUGACUCGCCACAUAGGCAUUGCAGCUCGGAUUGGCCUGCGCACAACUCGUCUGGCCCCAAAUACCACCCGCCCAAUCACCAC